AUGGCUGUGUCGCCCCAAUACUCGCGGCGAGUCUCCUUCAACAAUCUCUCUCCAGAAGAGCCUGUCAGCACCAAUCUCCAACACCCAUAUGGUCUGCAUUUGGUCCAGGCGGCCGAAGCUGCCGUGGACUUUCUGAAGGUUUUUGGCAACUACACCUUUUCCCGUAAACGAGUGCGGCUUCCGGAUCCGCCCGCGCACUCGAUAUUGCGCAAUCGGCUUUCGCCGGCGCAACUUUCGUCCAACAUAGAACAUGCGCUUCUGGAGGGAACAAGUUUCCACGGCGACUUGAACGAUCUUGCAGCAAACCCACCCAAGAAUGUGCCGCGACUGGAAUUGGCACGUGUGGUUGAUGCUGUCGAGAACGGGAAUGCGACCAGUGCAGACAAUUUAGACGGGAAUGCCAUCGACCCAAACGAUGAUGCAAGCUACGACACAAAUGACAAUGCGACUGGCGUGGACAAUUCUCAGGCUGACACGAGCGCUGUCGGACAGAACGGUGAAAGUAUGGCCAACGGUGACUCUGCAAGCGGGAGCUCUGCCAGCACCAAUGCCUCUCGCCGUAAGCUGUAUUCGGGCAUGACCAACGAGGAGCUCAUGGCGCUUGAUCCGCAAUAUGCGCCUGCCCGUCACAGCGAUUUGGGCAGUUUCAAGUUUGACUCGCCAACCACCGCGCCGCCGCCUUCGCGCCGCAUGUCCGCGCCCGCCAUUUCCAUUCCGCGCGCCAAACAGGUCAUUUACCCUUCGCUGAAUGAAAACAAUUAUCGGGCGGUUUCUCUCACUUCUAAGCACGCCGAGUACGACCGCGUGCUGGAGCCUCGCACGUUGUUGACCUUCUUGUCUGGCCGCAAGCACACGUGGAACUCGUUGGACUGGCUCCUUCUAUCUGGCCACCAAGUUAGUCAAGUGCAACCGUUUCUUGUCGAUGGCGAUCAUUUGGUGGUGGCCGCACUAGUCCCGCUCAAGUUUGUUCAGGCAUCGGACUCUCGCCGCGCACAUUCGCCUGAACAACAUCUCUGCGCGCGCUGCGAUCAUUUGCUCGACUACAUCGUGGCUAGCCUCCCAUCGGGGCUCAGGGUCAAAGUUACUGUCGAGUUGGUUUUGGAUGAAGCGCCUGAGCCAAUGGUGAAAAAGCCCCUUGUGGGCACCAAGUACAUGUUGUAUCAUGUUUUCCGUCAGUAUCAGCCGACACUAGUGGUGGUGGGAAACAAGUCGACCAAUCUUAAUUUCCGGUAUCCACUCCGACGCUCACGGCCACUGCAGUCGCAACAGCAGGCGCAAUCCAACUCGAAACUGACAUCUGUGCCGGCCUUGGUGCCAUCUCUGCAGCCACAUGAGCGUGAACCCGAACGGUAUCUUUGCAAGCUCUCGUCAUUUCUCAUCCGUCACUCGCCAGUGCCAGUUAUUUUAGUGGGAAAUCGCACAGUAUUUCAUCGCCGCUUACUGCAUAGCCCCCAGAUCCAGGUGACCUUUUGCGAUGAUGGUACACAACCGUCCAAAAGCAUAUUGGAUGUGCCUACAAACGGGUCGCGUAAAAACUCGGCAGUUUCUGAUGCUUCUAUUGAGUCCUUUUGUGGACAAGAUGAUGUGAGCAGUGGCUCAGCUGAGACCGCAGAUUCUCUUGCACGAACCGUUGCUGCUUUAAGUACGUCUCUGGAUCCCUCGCGGUUCCAAGAUAUGGUUGCAGCUAUUUCUCUGGCGCUGGCCUCUGAACUGAGACAUUAUCUUGAAUUGGUGCGAGAACGUGGCGUGGAUGCUCUUCCACGUAUUGUGAUUGAAAGCAAAGCGCAUCAGGCAUUUAUGGAAGGUGCGACAAAAGAAAGAUCGAGAAAUAGGGGAUCCGUAUACAAGGUUAAAAGCUUGAUCUCAUACAAUGAGGAGGAUGAAAAGAAAAACGUCAAGAUGAUCAAAAAAAAGGCGCAGGCGCAAACGCAAACGCCGCUGCAACAAAAGAAGCGGCGUUCUUUCUUACAAAAGCUCCACUUGAAGAAGUAG